UUCGUGGAGGCUUGCUUACCUGAGAAUUUCCUCAUUCAACUCUUUCUCUGAAUACAGGUGGAAAGAAACCCAGUGGACGCGCGACUGAGUUCAAGCCGUGAAAGUACGGUACCUCCUCCGCGUCCAAAGAGCAACAAAGCUCCAAAAAGGUUCUUUUGGCAACUCCAUUCUCCUCCCAAAAGAGUCCAAACAAUGUCCAACCGGAUCAUCUGCAACGUCGACACGCCGGACCCCUGGGUCGUGGCCGCCGACGGCCAAUUCUACUUCACCUUCACCCUCGACAACCGCAUCGAGAUCUGGGCCUCCCGCACCCUCGAGGACUUCCACCACUGCCGCAAGGCCGUCGUCUGGAAACCCGAGCCCGGAACCCCCUGGUCCGUCAACAUCUGGGCGCCCGAGCUGCACCGCCUCAACGGCCGCUGGUACAUCUACACCUGCGGCGCGCCUCCCGGCGUCGGCAAUCCGGGCCACCGGACCACGGUUCUCCGCUCGUCGUCGCAGGACCCGAUGGACGUCUCGGCCUGGGAGUUCCUGGGGCCCCUGAAGGGCAUGCCGGACCAGUGGUCCAUCGACGCCACCGUCUUCAGCCCGGACGGGCGCGACCUGUACUGCUGCUGGUCCGGCUGGCCCAUCGGCGACUCGUCCGACACGCAGCAGGACCUGUUCCUGAUCAAGCUCCGCUCGCCCGAAGAGGCGAUCCCCUCGACGCUCGUCUGCAUAUCGCGCGCCACGCUGCCGUGGGAGCGGCCGGACGGCGGACGGCGCGGCGUCAACGAGGGCCCGACGUGGGUCAGCAUCCCCGGCAUCUUCUCGGGCAUCGUGUACUCGGCCGACGGCAGCUGGACGAGCGACUACAAGCUCGGCCUGCUGCCGCUGGUCGGCCGGGACCCCCUCGACCCGGCCUCCUGGGCCAAGAGGCCGACGCCGCUGCUCGUCUGCCACCAGCGGUGCGGCGGGCCGUACGGGCCGGGCCACGCGAGCUUCCUGCCGAACCCGCACGACAGGAGCCGCGUGUACUGCAUCUACCACGCGACGGCCAACUACGGCGAGGGGUGGGCAAAUCGGAAGGCGAGGGUCAUCGAUCUUGGCGCCGAGUGUUUUGGGCCGCAUGCACACUCGGUCUGCUGCGCGCUUGAUCGACACGUACCGAAGCAUGGCCACGGUAGGCCGCACAAGUCUUCUUGCAUCAUGUCGUGAUGUAAUGAUUCUACGCGAGGGAGCGGUUGGUGGCCUUUGGUUCCGAGUUCGAUCGAGAGGGAUCGAGUAGCAUACAUCUUUGACAUAGGUAGAUGUGAAAGUGAAAUCCAGAGUGACAGACUUAC